ACUGAAAAUCGUAAUUGCUCUUCCUAUUGUCUAGUGAUUUUUUUCAAUGAUCUAAAGGCGUAAAUUAACGCGACCGAAACAUGCUGCGUUUAGGUUAUAAAAUGCUCACGAAAAUAAAGUUCUUAUUCAGGCAGAUAGCUAAGAAAGCAUCUGAAUAUUGAAUUUAGAGAGAAUUCUUGAGAGAACUCAAAUGAGGAUUCAGGUAUUUUUAGUAUCUCUAGGUUGCUCAGUCUGACUUGUGCCGAACUGAUUUGCAUUGUAUUUAAUAUAAAGCUGAGGAAUUAUCCAAAUAUAACAUACAAUGCUAACGUAUGUUUGUUCAUCGCGAACAACAUAUUGAUAAUAUAAUCGCGUUUAGAUAUGAUUAGAGGUUUAAGUCUUUAUCAUAGUACUAUCAAGGUAUAUGUAUAUAGACACGCCUCUGUACAUAAAUGUGUAAUUAGUAGAAGAGGAACAUUGUUCAGUGCGAUUGUGUAUAUGAACUCUUGUCAGUAUAGUUCCAACACAUUAGAUAAAUUCGAAGGAUCUCUUAAAUCUAUUAAAAGUAACAUGGAUGUAUUCAAAUUCACCGACUAUGAUUGCAUUGGUUUCGACUUGGAUAACACCCUGCUCCGUUACAAUAAUACAAAUCUGGUGCGCAGGGAGUAUGAAAUAUUAGCUAAAUUCUUGGUGAAUGAACGAAAAUACAGUACAAAGCAUCUGUUAAAGCCAUUGACAGAUUCCGAUUUAGAUUUCAUGCAAAAGGGAUUGUUGUUAGAUACUGAAAAAGGAAACAUACUCAGGGUGAGCCCAGAUGGUGUUAUUCGCAGAGCAUGCCAUGGAUCACAUCUCUUAAGUACAGAUCAAAUAAGGGAAAUAUAUCCUGAACAAAAGUGGGAAGUUACAGAUACUUUUUGUAAUGAUAUGCUGGCAACUUGGAAUGGUCCUCUAUCUGGGAAAAUAAGAAGUCUUCUGGAUUAUUUCGAUAUUCCAUCAAGUGUUGCAUUUGCACGAGCUGUAGAUACGAUUGAUGAAGAACAUGCAGGGUCCCUCUUGGAUAAAUAUAACGUUUGGUCUGAUAUAUUGGAUGGAUUGAUAUACAUGUUUUCCAAAGACAAUUUUCAAUUAGGCGAAGGAAUUAAUGGUGACAUUAAGAAAAAUCCUGAAAAAUAUUUGCGUAAAUGUAGUCCAGAAACAGUUUCAUGGUUGAGAGAAGUAAAGAAAAAAUCUGCUACCUUUCUUCUUACGGGAUCGUAUGUAGAUUUUGCAAGCUUUACUGCAAAUUAUGCUCUUGGAAAAGACUGGCAAUCUCUUUUCGAUAUUAUAAUAUGUUAUGCAAGAAAGCCUGGUUUCUUUACUAACAAUCGACCAUUUAUCACUAUUAUAAACAAUCAUGAAACUUGUUGUUGUGUUAGAAGCAAAGAUUUAAAACGAGGUGAAAUAUAUAGCCAAGGAAAUUGGAGCGAACUAUCAGAGUUUCUUGUUCGUAUAACAAGAAAAUCUGAUCCACGAUGUUUAUAUAUUGGCGAUAAUCUUAUACAAGACAUUUAUGUACCAAAUGUAGUUACAAAUUGCGAUACUGUAGCUAUAGUCGAGGAACAGAUGUCAGAAGGGAUGCUUUAUCAUGGAUUGACUCAUCCAGAUGAGAAGAUUUUAAAUUCAAAAUUUUGGGGAUCUUACUUUUGUUUGAAAGAUUCAACAGUUAAUAUAGAUUCUUUGUUUGGGCAUAUAAUAAAGAAACAUGCCAAACUCUGUAUACCAAAAAUUGAUGUGCUUACACAGAAACCUUUAGAAGAAUCUAUUCCUUGUUUUAGUAAAGAUGGAAACUCUUAUUGUGGAUAUUAUCCUGCCAUUCCUCUUAGUAUAUCAGCAAUGUAACAUAUAUAAAUGACAAUAACAAUUGUGUUACACAAUUUAUAGUAAUAUUACACUUUUUUGUAUAAGAAAAUUAAUUUUAAAAAACUUUAAUUAUUUAUUAUAUCUUCUUAGAUGAUAUAAUUUAGGACACGCAAUUGCAUUUAUAUAAAAACAUCUUAAGAUAUUUUGUUUAAUUUUAUGAUUACGAUUUAGACUCAAUCUUUGAUUAGAAAAAUAUUCAGAAGAAAAAACAUUAGUUGUGUUGUAUAUUAUCUCUAAUGUGAAAUUAUAUUUAUAAA